UGGGGGGCGGUGCGGCGGGCAGGCGCAUGGCGAGCUGCGCGGGGCUGGCGCUGUGCGGGCAGGCGCUGGUGGUGCGGGGCGGCAGCCGGUUCCUGGCCACCUCCACCGCGAGCAGGGAUGUGCAGAGGCUCGCGGUACCUCGUGCUCCUGGGACACGCGGUAUCACACUUGUUAGGACGCUUGAUACUGACGAUGACGUCCCCUUCACAUACGAUUGCAGUACUGUGGAAAAGAAGUCACAGGAGAAUAAAGGGGAGGACGGGCAGCCCGUGGAGAAGGGGAGUGACACGAUCCUGGCGUCCGCCUUCUCCAAGUCUGGUGGUUAUUUUGCUUUAACUGAUGACAGUAAGCGUCUGAUUCUUUUCCGUACAAAACCAUGGCAGUGUCUGAGUGUCAGGACCGUGGUGAGGAGAUGCACGGCUCUGACCUUCACGGCCUCAGAGGAGAAGCUUUUGGUGGCCGACAAGUCUGGGGACGUGUAUUCCUUUUCAGUGUCCGACCCACAGGGAUGUGGCAGGCUUGAGCUUGGGCACCUAUCGAUGUUGCUGGAUGUGGCUGUGAGUCCUGACGACCGCUAUGUCCUCACCGCCGACCGGGACGAGAAGAUCCGGGUCAGUUGGGCCGCGGCGCCGCACAGCAUCGAGUCCUUCUGCCUCGGGCAUGCCGAGUUCGUGAGCCGCAUCCUCGUGGCGCCCGACCACCCCGAGCUGCUGUUGUCCUCCUCCGGGGACUGCACCCUGAGGCUCUGGGAGUACCGAAGUGGCCGAGAGCUGCACUGCUGUCACCUGACCAGCCUGCGGGAACCGGAGGAGCCGUGGGGUGACAAGAGGUCCGCGGCGUCCAGGAUCGCGUACUGGGGCCAGGAGAGCUGCGUGGCGCUGCUGUGUGACUGCAUUCCCGUGGUCUACAUCUUCCAGCUCGACGCCCGCAGACAGCAGCUGGCGUACAGACAGCAGCUGGCUUUCCAGCACAGAGUGUGGGACGUUGCUUUCGAGGAGGGCCAGGGACUGUGGGUCCUGCAAGACUGCCGGGAAGCCCCCCUUGUGCUCUGCAAGCCCGUGGAAGGCCGGUGGCAGGCUGUUCCCGAAAACGCCGCCUUAAAGAAGGUCUCUGCCCAUCUUCAGGGGAACUGGGCCAUGUUGGAAGGCUUGGCUGGUGUAGACGCAGGCUUCAGUGGUCUCUACAAGGCCACCUUUGACAACGUGACCGCCUACCUGAGGAAGAAGGAGGAGAGGCUGCAGAAGCGGCGGCAGAACCCACCCCCGGGGCCCAAUGGGCAGGCCAAGAAGAUGAAGCCGGAGGAGGCGUCCCUGAGGUGCUCGUCCUAGCCGCCCCGGCUUGGCACGCCCCUUCCCUGCCGGCGGCUCCUCUAGGAAGCGAAGGGGCGACGUCGUUCCCGACCCACGCU